CCCCCCGUUGCCCCUGCCCGCGCCCUCCCGAGCUGCUCGGCGCCCGGCGUCCCGCGCCCGCCAGCACUGCUCCUGCUCCCCACGCCCGGGCCAGAGGCCGAGGAAGGCGGGCGAAGUGAGGGGGCGCGGCGUGGAGAAGCCGCCGGGGCCGGCAGCGGCAGCGAGCGCCUAGUACCGAGCGCCAGGGACAGCCGGAGUUUGCGGAGCGCUGCCACUGGGGGCGGACGGCAGAGCCCUCUCCGCGCGAUGCCGGGCCGCCGAGUGUGAGCCAAGCCCGGAGGGCCCCGAACCACCUACGCCCCCCUCCCCUCUCCCAAUCCCCCAUCUUUCGGGGGCGCCCAAAACCCCUUUCCUGAGGUUGGCGGCAGCCCCUGAAGACGCCCAUCGCGCACCGCUCCUUCCCCGCCGCCGCCACCAACCCCGAGGAGGGAUGACCCUCUCCGGCGGCGGCAGCGCCAGCGACAUGUCCGGCCAGACGGUGCUGACGGCCGAGGACGUGGACAUCGAUGUGGUGGGCGAGGGCGAUGACGGGCUGGAGGAGAAGGACAGCGACGCGGGCUGCGAUAGCCCCGCGGGGCCGCCCGAGCUGCGCCUGGACGAGGCGGACGAGGUGACGCUGGCGGCCCCCCACCAUGGGCAGCCUCAGCCGCCGCACCAGCAGCCCCUGGCACUGCCCAAGGAGGCCGCUGGAGCCGGGGCCGGGCCAGGGGGCGAGGCGGGCGCGUCCGAGGCCGACGGCUGCAAGGGCGGCGUUGGCGGCGAGGAGAGUGGCGGGAGCGGUGGCGGGCCUGGCUCGGGCAGCGGUGCGGCGGGAGGCCUGGCUCCGAACAAGCCCAAGAACAGCCUGGUGAAGCCGCCCUACUCGUACAUCGCGCUCAUCACUAUGGCUAUCCUGCAGAGCCCGCAGAAGAAGCUGACCCUGAGUGGCAUCUGCGAGUUCAUCAGCAACCGCUUCCCCUACUACCGGGAGAAGUUCCCCGCCUGGCAGAACAGCAUCCGCCACAAUCUCUCGCUCAACGACUGCUUCGUCAAGAUCCCCCGUGAACCGGGCAACCCGGGCAAGGGCAACUACUGGACCCUGGACCCGCAGUCCGAGGACAUGUUCGACAACGGCAGCUUCCUGCGGCGCCGGAAACGCUUCAAGCGCCACCAGCAGGAGCACCUGCGUGAGCAGACGGCGCUCAUGAUGCAGAGCUUCGGCGCCUACAGCCUGGCGGCGGCGGCCGGCGCCGCGGGGCCCUACGGCCGCCCCUACGGUCUGCACCCUGCGGCCGCGGCCGGCGCGUACUCGCACCCUGCUGCCGCGGCAGCCGCGGCGGCGGCCGCGGCGCUCCAGUACCCGUACGCUCUGCCGCCGGUGGCACCCGUGCUGCCGCCCGCCGUGCCGCUGCUGCCCUCGGGCGAGUUGGGCCGCAAAGCGGCCGCCUUCGGCUCGCAGCUCGGCCCGGGCCUGCAGCUGCAGCUCAACAGCUUGGGCGCCGCCGCGGCCGCCGCGGGCACGGCGGGCGCCGCGGGCACCACGGCGUCGCUCAUUAAGUCCGAGCCGAGUGCGCGACCGUCGUUCAGCAUCGAGAACAUCAUCGGUGGGGGCCCCGCGGCGCCCGGGGGCUCGGCGGCGGGCGCUGGGGGCGCCGGGGUAACUGGGGGCACCGGGGGUAGCGGGGGCGGCGGGGCGGCGCAGUCCUUCCUGCGGCCGCCCGGGACCGUGCAGUCGGCAGCGCUCAUGGCCACGCACCAGCCUCUCUCGCUGAGUCGGACGACGGCGACCAUCGCGCCCAUCCUGAGCGUGCCGCUCUCUGGACAGUUUCUGCAGCCUGCAGCCUCGGCCGCCGCCGCUGCCGCCGCCGCAGCGCAGGCCAAGUGGCCCGCUCAAUAGGGACGUGCCGGUGGCCGGGAUGCAGGGUCCGGCGGCGGCCUCGAGCGUCGGCUGCAUUUGCAAGCUGCGCGCCCCGCCCCGCUCCUGGCCCCCCUGCCCAAUCCUGGACUUUGCCUCUCUUCCAUUUCCUCCCUCCAACCCGUCGACACCGACCUUCGGCGGCCUCCACCCGGUCCUGCACACCUAGGCUGGCGGAGCAAACUCUCACCGCGCACCCGCGGGGAAUAGCUUUCCGUACAGGUAAAACCGAAAACCGAAUUUCCGAAAAUGUACCCCGACGGCGCCUGCUCUCAGUACCUUGGGGAUGGGAGGGAAAUUCUUUGUAUAUAUUUGUAUAAAAAUUAUUGACUUUCCU